AUGGAACCAAAGCCGACUAUCAAGUUCAAGCUCAACGGGGUGACAAAAUCCGAGGCCGAUCUCAAUGACUUUGAGCUCCAAGCCUGCUAUCGCGCGCUCAACAACUUACGGUGCUUAUUGUUUCAAGAUCCAAUGCUAGGUCUGCUAAGGGAACAGAUCCAGGAAGGAAAUGAUUACUUUGAAUCGCUGAUUGAUGCCUCCCGUGAAGUGUUCAGAGAAUGCAGAACAUAUAUGAAAGUCUCCGGGGUCUCAGCGACAGACCUGAAAACAAUCUGCAGCCGCUGGCAACUCUCCAAGCCUCUUCAUGACAUGGCACAGAGGUAUGUAUUUCCAACCCACCCAGAGCACUAUGUGGUCAUGCAAUCGCCAGGUGCUCCCGCCGGAAGUGGGCCAGACUGCGGAGUGGAGCUCAUCGGGGGACACAUGGCCAAAGUUCAAUAUGUGGAUCUCAUGAGCGGCGAGAAGGAUAUUCCUGGGUGGAUGGAGGAAGCACGGGACAAGGAGUAUGAGAUGGCGGAGUUGUUAGUAGCAACACUUGAUAGCGGGAGUAAGUUCUUCUAUAUCAUGAACGAAUUCAUGAAUACCGAGGCCGGCUGCAAGAUCAGGCUGCGAGUGUUUUUCCCCUCCGCUGCACCUUGGUCAUUGAUCAAUCAACAUGCAGAACAUCUUGCGGUCGAGUUUCGGAAUCUCCUCAAGAUGGUUCACAGGGUUGUCGAGGAUCUUGAGGACAGCUAUUGA